CUAGCAGGGGAAACAGCCAAUUGCCCCAACUCUCACACCCCACAGUGCUUUAAAGCCUACUGCACCAGGGCAUUUAUUGUUGGCAAGGGGCAAUAAGCAAGAUGGCGGCUAUGAGUCAGAAGAGAAGCUGUGGGGAGAUAAUGAACGAAUUUAAGGAAUUUAUGUGGAACCCAAGGACCCGGGAAUUCAUGGGCCGGACAGCGAGCAGUUGGGGUCUGAUUGUCUCUUUCUACCUGGUUUUUUAUGCCUUCCUUACGGGCAUGUUUGCCCUCUCCAUGUACGUCAUGUUACAGACCAUCGACGAAUAUACCCCCAAGUACUGGGACCGACUUACUAGCCCAGGACUGAUGAUUCGCCCCAAAACAGACACUCUGGAGAUUGUUUAUAGCAUCAGCGGAAACUCCAGCUGGGCGCCCUACGUUUCCCAACUAAACUCAAUGCUGGACCCAUACAAUGACACAGUGCAGAUGCAACAGGGCUCUGUGUGCCCCAGCGGGGUGUUUAACAAACAGGACGAUACGGGGGACGUGAGAAAUUACCCCAAGAAGGCCUGUCAGUUCCUCCGGAGCUCCCUGGGCGACUGCUCGGGGCUAACAGACCCCACGUAUGGCUACUCCACUGGCAGCCCCUGUCUCCUCAUCAAGAUGAACAAGAUCAUAAACUUCUACCCUGGCGUCAUCCCAAGUCUCUCGAAUACGUCCAUCACCAUAAACUGCACGGGCACGACGGCAAACAUGGAUCAGAUGUUGGGGAGUCGCACUUAUUACCCCAGUAGCAACCCCAGUAACGGCACCAGUAACGGCACCAGUCUGGGCACCAUGGACCUCAUGUAUUUUCCAUACUAUGGGAACAGAGCACAGAAGAACUAUUCGCAGCCGCUGGUGGCGGUGAAGUUCUACAACUUGACGCUGAACCAAGACCUGUACGUGCAGUGCCGCGCCAACGCCGUCAAUAUCAACACCAAUGACAGUCAAGACAAGUUUUCGGGGCGCGUCUCAUUCAAGCUGCACAUCAAUAAAUGAAAGCAAAUGACCAAUCCGUAAUGGCGUCUCAUGGGGCCCCAGGGGCCCCGCCAAGUCCCAUAGCCUGGAACAUAUCCCAUAAUGCCAGGCAAGGGUGCCUCCCUCAAGUAUCAUUCACAGACCAUCUUCUCAGUUGCCUAGCAACCGAAAUAAAGCAAAAGUAAUGGGGCGUGGGGGGGGGUUCUGCAAGAAAUAUGAUUUUAUUUUUAAAUUCCGCAUUUCUAACCAAUUGCAUUGUAAAUAAGAAAUAUUUAACCCUUCAUGAAUCCUGUACAGUCCCUUUGGGUGUAAAUAGAACCAGUUGUAACAUACCCCCUGGUGCAACAAUAAAGCGACAAACCCAACUGCC